UUUAAAAAAAAACUCAAAAUAUGAUCAUUUUUGAAAAAAGCUUUUGUAUUAGAACGGAUAUCGGAUAAUAAAUUAAAUUAUUACAUUAAAGUAAUAGUCAAAAUGGAAAAAAUUUGUCGAUCUUGUAUGAUUGAUAAUGUAAACAUGAAAAAUAUCUUUGAAGACCAAGAAAAUCUUCAAAUAAUAGAUAUGUUUUUUAUGUGUACUUCUAUUAAGAUAAGUGAAAAUGAUGGCUUGCCACCAUAUCUAUGUAGUGAUUGCCAAGCAAAAUUAAAAAUUUCAUUCAACUUUAAAAAACAAAGUGAAAAGUCUGAUAGUUUAUUAAGGGCCCGCUUUAAAGAUGAGCUUCAAAAGGUUGUCUCAGAUUUAAACCACGAAAAUAGUACCAAAGGGUUAAAUAUAGGACAGAAUGGUAAUAAAGAAAUAAACCCUUCUGCAUUAAAUACAGAGCAAAAUAAGUGCAAUGAAGGUGAUGGGACUUUUAUAAAUGAUAAGGAAAUAGAACAAGUUCAUAUCAAACAGGAAUUGUCAGAUUUGAAUGAACUAGAGGAGGUUAAAGGCGAAGUUUCAGAUAAUGAUGAUGUUACUCCAGGAGGAGACACAGAAGAGGAGAUAAUUAAGUCUGAAGAUGAUUAUAAAAAGGAAAGAAGUACCAAAACCAUGGAUCUGUUGGUCCAAUUUUUGCCCUCUGCUAUUAACACUGAGAAACUUGGGACUAAAUUUCAAUGUCCUGACUGCAAGAAGUCGUUUGUUAAAGAAGGGAAUUUUCUAAGACAUAUAAAGAACCAUAAAAGCUUAGAAAUUCUGUAUAACAAAUUAGUUGCAGAGAAAACUGCCACAACUCCUGCAAAGUCAGAAUCGUCAAAUUCCCAAAGCAAUGAGGGGUCAGUCGUUUUAUUACAAACAGAAGAAAAUUCGUCGACUGAAGAAGAAGUGUCACUUGAUGAUAUCUUACCAACGACCAGCAACGAAAAGACUGAAAAGAAAACUAAGUGUCCGGCUUGUAAAAAGACUUUUGUUAAAAGAGGGAGCUUUCUAAAACAUUUAUGGACACACGAAGAUCUGGAUAUGAGCGUUCCUGAAAUAGAAAAAUAUUUAAAUAAAAAACCGUCGAAACCGCAACAGAAACGUCGUCACCUCUGUAAAGAAUGUGGCAAGUCGUUUUCUCGUAAAGACUUUUUAAGUUUUCACAAGAAAAGUGCUCACAAUAAGGGUAAACCUGUCACCAAAAGGCAUCUGUGUGUGUAUUGCGGAAAAAGUUUCGAUUACGCCAGUAAUUUCCUAAUUCACGUCCGGCGACAUACCGGAGACCUCCCGUACAAAUGCAAAGAAUGCAAGAAGGCUUUUCCCCGUUACCACGAUCUGAAAUGUCAUGAGCGGCAACAUUCUGGGGAAAAACCGUAUUUGUGUUCAUUUUGCGGCAAGUCUUUUGGAUUACAGUAUAAAUUGACAAGACAUCUGAGGGUGCACACGGGGGAGAAACCGUACAAGUGCGACGUUUGUAUGAGUUCGUUCGCACAAUCAAACGACCUGGUCAACCAUGCAAAACGCACGCACUCGUACGCGUGCAUAGACUGUCCUGCGCGAUUCGUGAUGCGCAUUUCUCUUGAAAAGCAUUGCGAAUCAAGCGGACACUUACUAGACAGUAAAUAUAAAAGUCAUAAGACUUCUACUAAAAAAGAAUCGAUAAAAAAAGACACCAAUAACAGUGAUAAUAACACGAAAAAAUGAUGACGAUAAGACAUAGUGAUAAGGCUUUUUUUAUCCAAGCAUGUAUAUUGCGCAUUUAGUUUGUUACAAUUAAAUAUUUAAAAGUU